AUGCUUUUGCAGGAAGAAGAUCCCAUCUCCGCAAACACGAUUCCAGGUGAUGAGAUUCUUGGCAAUGAGAACCUGAAAAGAUUGCUCCAGAUAGAGACAGAACUCAUGGAUUUCGCUUCCAUUAGUCAAGACACAGUGAGUUCCAGUCCUGGAAGUUCCCUGGGAAAAGAAAUGAGCCCUGGAAUGGUUCAAGCAAAGGAAGAGAAAAUUUUGAAGGGAAUCCAGGAAAAGUUGAAUGAAGAAAGCAGUGUAACUGAUCUCCUGGUGAUGGGAGCAGAAGCUGUUGAAGCGCGAAAUCGGAUUCUGUCUUCAGCCAUUGUUGCGAAGCUCAACACCAAUCAAGCAAUCCUGGAAGCCACAAAGGGUGAUCAAGAGAUUCAUGUCAUUGAUUUCCAUAUCAUGGAGGGGACCCAAUGGCCGCCUUUGAUGGUUGAUCUGGCGUCGAGAAAGAAUGUUGUUUCUCUCAGAGUAACGGCCAUCAUAACUGACCAGGAAAAUUCAAUCUCUGUUCAGCAAACAGGAAGAAGACUCAAAGAAUUUGCAGAUUCAAUCCAUUUCCGAUUCAUAUUCGAUCAGAUCCUGAUAAUGACAGACAAAGAUUUUGAAUCAAUCAAGACUGGCCACACUCUGAUAGCCAACUGCAUGAUGCAUCAGCUUCACAUGCCUAAAAGAAGCUUAUCCCAGGUGAAAACUGUCAUGAAUGGUGUGACAAAACUCUCACCGAAAAUUCUCAUUCUAGUAGAGGAAGAACUGUUCAGUUUUACAAGAACUCCAUCAAUGUCAUUUGUGAAAUUCUUCUGUGAGGCCCUCCACCAUUACACAGCACUUUCCGACUCCCUUUUGAGCAAUUUUUCCAAGCAGAAUGAACCAGGAUUAAAACAGAUAGAAAAGGAGUUUCUGGAGAUCAGAAUUCUGGACACUAUAAGCCAAUUUCCUUCUGGAAAUAAAGAGAAAAUGCAAUGA